GUACACGCUUCGCGCCUGUUGCAAAAUUCAGUGCCGCAGUUUCGUUCGUGACGAAAGGAUGUACGCCGGUUUCUAGAGCAUAUGAAACGUGUACAUACUUGCAUACAUACAUACAUACAUACAUAUGCAUUAUAGACCAAGUUGAAAAUGCACAUGAACAUGGCCAACAACAGCAGCCAAGAAUAUGAAGAGCUCGCUCAGCUACUCAAGUCAUGGAACGUCAGCGAGCUGUUGCCGCAUUUGCAAGAGGAGGCCAUCAACACACAGGAACUGCAGAUGUUAAAGCGUCAUCAUCUCAACGAACUGUUGCGCAACUUUCGAUACGGAACUCGAAUAAGAUUCGAACAUCACUUGGAGCGUUGGCGACGUUGGAUAAAUGUUCCUCUACAUGAUGCUCCGCCGGAUGCGGAAAGAGUAUUUGGUGGCAACACUGGACACUGCAGUGGUUGCCAGUGUUCGAUAAGUGUGGCAGGUGCAGUGCAGAUACCAAAAAGUCAUUCAAAGCCCGAUUUAUUGGAUGAAUGUGCCAAGCAGCUGCCAUCGGAGCCAUUUGUGAGCCUGAAUGAGGAAGCUGAUAGAUCCGCCUUUAAUGUGCCAUUACCGUUAAGUGAUCACACGGAAUUGGUGCAUACGGAACUGGUUACGGCGGAUUUGAUCAAGCCAGAGUUGCCCGAAAUGGAUGGUAGUGUUGAGAGCGGUGUUACAGUCUUGGCCAUACUACAGGCAUCCCCCAUUAAGGCGCAAUCUCUGCUGGAACGUCUCGGCCAUAAUGAGCAAUUGGAUGCGGUGCAGAGAUUGCUUUUAAUCCAACUCAUCUGCAGUUACUACGAGGACAAUCGUUUGCAUUUGACACUACAAAGAAGUCAUCUUUUGGAACGUGAAAUCCUUCAAUUGUUCCCCAAGGAACAGCUCUGUUUCUAUCGCACCGAAAGGCGUGGCAAGAUCUAUGUGCGAUUUACCAAUAUGAAGCGGAAUAAGAGAUUUGGUCAUCAACGGGAUCAGAAACGACGGCGGGAAGAGUCCAUGGCACCGCCCAGUUCCUUUGUGUCCAAACAGGAAUCCUUUGGCGGUGAUCCUAUGUCCAGUCCCGAGAGAUCAGAUUGAUUAGCAUUAUAUUAUUAACAUUAGCUUCUAAGCAAUGCAAGCAUCUCUUUAAGACAUGCCACCUAUAAGCAUUAAGUUUGUCAUUUAAUUAGAGCUGCCAGAUUAUCGAUAUUCGACCUAUUCGAUAGUUUCGAUAGUAAAAAAAUUUUAAAAUCU